CCACACUCGACAUUUACAGCAGCUACCCGGUGCAGUCGGCCAGCCCCUCUACCCACAAUGGCGCAGCCUAUGCUCACUCCAUUCUGGCCCCUCCAUGUCGGACGGUCGGAUGGCAAAGGACAGGUCACUGUCAAAGGCAUCAAGGUCAACAACGGCCCAGACCCCAAACAGCUCGAUCGAACCCCCAACCAGGCCGGACAAUGCGACUACUUCCGCGAAAUCGACCGGGAUGAACCCAAGCACAUGGAUUGGCGGAGGAAACUAGGAGGCAUGCUCCUGAGAGAAAUUGGUGGUGCUGAUUAUGCAGAUCGCGUCAAUAACACUAUACUUUGGAAUCUCCCCGAAGGCUACCGACUAUACGAACAUAUAAAAUCAAAGGCUGACGGCCAAGUGAAGGCGGUCAAAAACCACUCUGGCGGUGGCCACGAUCGACAAGACGCAUAUCUCUACGGUUACCCUCGAGGCCCAAAGAAGCGCUUCAGAAGCCCCGCAGACUUCUUCCCGCACCUCCUCUGGCUAUCUACCGACGAAUCGGGCGACUACGAUAACUGCACAUGCAAGCUAUGUUCUCCAUACCAGCCAGAGGAUGACAAGCCAGCCAAGCAAGAUGUCAAAGCUAUUACAUCUACUCCUGGUGUCAAGAAGGAGGUGGGAAGCCCGGCCGCGACUCCACCCAGGCCUGUUAACCGUAAUCCCAUUGUACAAGUCCCUAUCCGUGCCCCUGCCAUCCCUGCCACAGGCUCGGCUCCGGUACCAAUCUCUUCGAAACCCGCUAUGCAGAAUGCGCCUCGCAUCAAGCCUCCCUCACCAUUAAACUCUUCGCCUCUCCCUCAACCGCGAUCCAUGGAUCAACAAGUGGACAGCCAAUAUGGCAAAUUCCUCAGUCGAACAGGGGAAGUGGUAUGGUUCUUUCGAAACAAAACCCGAGCCUGGGGGCUGGGACUUAUCAUCCAGCGUUGGAUUUCAGAGGGCGGAUCUAGCAAAUGCACAUACUCUAUUCAACCGCUCUCAUAUCCACACAGUUCACUCGAACCAGAAAUAGUGACCACGCACAAUGAUAUCCGGCCGUGGCUCGCUUGGUCCGCUCCAGGAUAUACUUAUCCCUAUCUUCAGAAUUCACUUCUUACUUAUGAGCAAGUUGACUGGGAUGGAUUGAGGGCAGGAAACUACGGGGCAACCCCUGACAGUGUUUGCGAAGUCGACGCUUCGAUCCUAGCCGCAAAGGGAAUUGACUCAACCUACGUACUAUUCGAGCGACUAAAAACGAUCGCCAAUAAAAUGGGUCAAGAAGAGCGCCAUUGGAACGGAAUAUUCUUUGGCGCCGAGAAAAUCUGGAACGGCGAGCCCGUACGUCUCCGCAUUGCCGGUGGCAGCGACAUCAUGGUCGUUACCGCCAUUAUCGAACGUACCGUUCCUAAUCCCGCCCAAUCCGGCACGACCCGUACCAUCAUCGAAGCCAUCGGGGAUAUCUAUGCAUACGCCACACUCCCCGCGCCCGAUCUCUCCUCACCCCCGGAACCCCCUCCAAACAAUAACCUCCCGCUCCGUAUGCGCGAAGACAUGCGCUGGCGAAAUAAUUCGCUCCUCCCGAAUACCCGCACUCUCGCGUAUUGGAAGCUCAUUUCCACGCAGUCUCGUCUCGAUUUCAGUGAUAUCAAAGGUAGAUGGUAUGAAACCAGCAUCGUCUUCGCCGCCCCCUUCCACGAAGCCGUCAAAAAGGGCGAAGGUGGAAACGGGAUCUGGAUGAAUAGUCGCGGGGAUGCAACGGCUAUGGGUUCUAAUCUCGGCACCCGGAAACAAGACCGUAUCGAAGCUUUUGGGAAUGCGAUACCCCAGGGUACACAGUUCGUCGAGGGAUUUGAGGCCCCAAAGGAAGAACUGCAACAACAGCAGCCGCAGGCAAGUGUGAAUGUUCAGGGACAAGGGCAAGUUCCUCAAGUCCAACAUCCGCAUCCACACCCGCACUCGAACCCGCACCCGCACCCACAUCCGCAUCCGCAUCAGCAUCAGCAGGUCCAUGGCUUAGAAACUAUCGGUAUGGAUGCGUCGGUCCAGGAUGGGUUUGCUAUCGAUGAUUUUAUGAAUCUAGACGGUAUGGAAGAGGCAGCCAUGCCAUUUGGGGGGGAAUUUGUGGGCCAUGAGGACGGGUUUCAUUUUGGCUGAUUCCUCUCUUUUUGCUUAGCUUCAUCGUCUCUAUCUACGGAUACUUCGUCUAAUUAUCUUAUCUUGAGAUGUAGUGCCGAUAGGAAGGAGGUGAAAGUUGGAUGGUGAGGGCGAAGGUUAGUUUUGGGGAGAAUUUACAGAAGAGGGCACAGGUAGUUACGGGUGGCGGAGUGAUGGUAAUCAUGAUUCGGAAUCUAGGGAUAUGAGUACCAAUCAAGGAGACGAAUUCUAGGGGAUGUGGUGAGAAGGUUAUCGUUCUUUUGCAUAGCGUUGGUGUUUCUGACUGGAAAAAUGGAAUGGCAUUUCUGGGAAUAAGGGAGAAGGGUCUUCGUCUUCUCAGGAAAAUAUCCAAACGGCUCAUUCUUAUUCCGAAGGAUAGAGGAAGCGGUAUGCAGAUCAUUGAAGUGCGCGGUAGGGGAUGGAUAACUUGACUGCUAACCUUUUGGUGGCGAAGUACAAGGAGAGUAACUAU